AUGACGUUACCACGGCGCCGGCGUAUCCUUAUCAAAUCACACACCGAAUCACGUUCCAAACGGCGGUGUUCCGAACUUCCCGGAUUAGAUAAUAUUCUAAUAUCUAAUUUCUUGACGACUGUCUAUGCUUCAGCCUCGAGAGGCCGAGACGGCGCUGCUUUAUCUGAGCUGCCGGUCCCUACAGCGCCGCCGCCAAUGCUGCCUAGCAACCGGCCGGUCGAUGGUCGACGGCGGGUGGGAAGUGUAAAAAUCGAUUCUGUCGCCGGUACAAUUACUACCCUGCCAGCCACCGCCGUGACGAUAAAAGCCCAGCCAUACAUUCAACUCCGAGUGCUCUGA